CGUUCCUACCGCGGGUGCGGCCAUUUUGCAUCUUCCAUCCGUCUCCCUCGAACCAACCCCACGCGCCGCCGCGGUCCUCCGCCGCACAAAAGUCAUGCCAUGGAGGGUCGAGGGUGCGAGCGGCUGCACCGCGCGCUCAGCGAGUGCCACCGCCGCGUCCCGUCGGACCUCGCCCGCGCUUCCGCGUGCCGGCACCUGAACAGCGCCCUAGCCCAGUGCCUGGUGUCCGAGGCCUGCCCCGACGAGUCGGAGGCCGUCCGCAGCCUCUGCGCCAGCGGCGGCACCGCCCUCAAGCGUUCUCAGUGCCGGCAAGCGCAGCUCGAUCUCUCCGUCUGUCUCGCUUCCCAUCAACGCGAUUGACUCUCCUCGACAACCCCAGAUACCGCGAUUUCCUCCUGGAUAGAGCAAAGCAGUCUCGCAGGGUGACUGAUUAGAGGGAUCUUCGUAUCUUCCCAUGAAGGUUGUGUUUCGGGGCUCCUGGUGAACCGUUGGAUUGUAUGAGUGAGAGAAAGUGAAGGCAGCGCAUUGUACAUUACAGUGCUUCUAUCAACCUACCUUUCGAUCUUUUAUGAAGAAAUAUUGCAGGCAUAUUUCUUUGGGAGGUUGCCUUUGAUUUUGCACCAUAUUUUCCCUUGUAUAUAUCAAUUUGUAGUGUGAUCUUUAGUCUUAUGGUGGGUGAGUUGGGUGGCUUACGUAUUUCCAGCAAACAUACUUAUGCAUGUAACCUAGAUGAAAGUCUUACUCGGGGCAUACUGUUCUUGCAUCAUAGGUGUUGAGAAGGCAUGUCCAAUAAUUGCCGAUCAGAUGAACAGUUUCAAUUGAGUUAACAAGUUGUUUGUGAUGCUUGUGCUUGGAA